UAAAGUAAAUUUCUCAAGAAUUAAUUUAAAUAAUGAUUCUUGGGAUAAUAUUUUACAGAAUAAUAACUUAGAACCUACGCCUGCUUUGAGGACAUCGAGUAAUAGCACAAGGUCUCUUCUUGAACGCUAUGAAGUUAUUGAAAAUAGAAAAGAAGAAUUAAGUUCAGAUCUUAAAAUGUUUGAGGCAUUAAUAAAAAUUAUGAAUGAUAAUAUUGAAAAUGACAGGCUUUAUGAAACCUAUAAGACUCUUAGACAGCCUCUCAUUGACAAGACUGCUGCUUGUAAUGAAGUUCUUAAUGCAAGAAGGCAACAGCGAACCUGA